CAGCUCACUGAUUUGGUUGCGAGUCAAUAUUUUUUGCCUAUUCAUUGCGUUAAAUGGCGACUACAUACAAGUUAACUUACUACAAUCUCCGAGCCCGGGGAGAACCCACACGACUCGCUUUCGCAUAUGCAGGGGUAGAAUAUGACGAUGUUCGUAUUCCGUUUGAUCCUAAAGGCGAAGAGUGGUUGGCACUCAAGCACAGUGGAAGGUGCCCUUUUGGACUGAUACCUAUUCUUGAAGUCGAGGGAGUGACCCUUUGCCAGUCCAUGGCUAUCCUUCGGUUUGUAGCCAAACGACAUGGUUUGAUGCCCAGCAAUGAUCUGCAGCAAGCCAAAGCAGAUAUGUUUGCUGAAGGAGUGUACGACUUAGAGAACGAAAUCGUUCGUGCCAUGUUCCCUGCUGACCCAACCCAACAGAAAGCUCUGAUGGAAAAGUUCAAUAGGGAGUCUUUACCCAGGCAAACUAAGUAUUUUGAAAAGAUCUUGGAACAGAAUCCUAAAGAUGAGGUCUACUGUGUUGGAAAUAAGCUGAGCUUUGCAGACAUCUGCUUCUUCUCGUUCUACAACUCCUACAUUGCCAAAGGCCAACUGGAUCCUCCAGUUGUGUUGAAAGACUGCCCUCGCCUUGCUGCUCUGUACAAAAAAGUUAGAGAUGAACCCAAGAUUAAGGAGUGGAUUGAGAAACGCCCUGAAACAGCAUUGCUGAGCUUUGCAGACAUCUGCUUCUUCUCGUUCUACAACGCCUACAUUGCCAAAGGCCAACUGGAUCCUCCAGUUGUGUUGAAAGACUGCCCUCGCCUUGCUGCUCUGUACAAAAAACUUCUGCAAACAAUGCCAUCGUACAAAUUAAUUUACUUUCCGCUUCGCGCAAAAGCGGAAGCCAUUAGAAUGGUUUUUGCCGCCGCUGGAGUUGAAUUCGAGGACGUAUGUUAUUCAAUAGACGAGUGGAUUUCAAAAUACAAGAAUUCUGGAAUAAGCCCUUCCCGUCAGCUGCCAGUGCUCUAUGUUGAUGGUAAGGUACUCAUGGAGUCCAAAGUCAUCCUCAGUUACGUCGGCAAAGAACUGAAUCUCGCUCCAGAAGAUAAUUUUCAACUGGCGCAGGCGGACGUCUUGGCUCACAUCAUCAAUGACUUGGAAACUGUGUUAAGCGCAGCUAAUAGACACGAAGAUUCAACGGUAAAGGAGAAAGCCCUAGGAACUGCGCGCAAAGAAAUAAUUCCAGAUAAAUGCGGAUACUUUGAGAAGUUUUUGGAGGCAAACGAUGAAGAGGGAUUCUUUUUUGGAGAUAAGCUGAGCUUUGCAGACAUCUGCUUCUUCUCGUUCUACAACGCCUACAUUGCCAAAGGCCAACUGGAUCCUCCAGUUGUGUUGAAAGACUGCCCUCGCCUUGCUGCUCUGUACAAAAAAGUUAGAGAUGAACCCAAGAUUAAGGAGUGGAUUGAGAAACGCCCUGAAACAGCAUUUCUUUCGCUGUUGAACCUCGAAGGUCACAUCUCCGCCACCAAAGUAAACCACGCCACAUUCUCAGACACCUUUCCUUCUUCGUCCAACGCGAUGCCGAAAUAUAAGCUUUCUUACUUUCCACUAAGAGGAAGAGCCGAAGCCAUUAGAAUAACCUUCGCAGUGGCUGGAGUUCAGUUCGAUGACAGCCUCGUAAAUCCGGAAGCGUGGUUUACAAACCUGAAACGCUCUGGGUUCAGCCCUUCUGGUCAGCUACCAAUCCUUGAGGUCGAUGGCACAGUCCUCACGCAAUCCAAGGCUAUUCUAAGCUAUCUAGCCAAGGAAUUCAAUCUUGCUCCAGAAGGUAAUCUUCAGCAGGCUCAGGCAGAUUCUUUGGCUCACGUGGUCGACGAUUUAGAGACCAUGUUAACGCAGGCAGAUGGCGAAAAAGACCCGGAAAGAAAGGAAAAAGCUAUGAAGACCGCCACCAAAGAAGUGAUUCCAGAGAAAUGUGGAUACUUUGAAAAGAUCUUGUCAGCCAAUAAACAUGGAUUCUUCAUUGGUGAAAAGCUGACUUAUGCCGAUAUCGUGGUGUUCACCUUCCUGAACAGUUAUUUCAUGAAGGGAAAAGCUGAAGGAAUUCCCGAGGAUUUGACAAAGUUUCCUUCUCUGUCAACUUGGUACGAACGUGUCCGAACGCAACCGAAGAUUUUGGAGAAGUUGAAAAAUCCAACCGAUGGAUUCAUAGAUUACAUCUAUUGAGACAUAAUUUUGUCGGAUGCUUUUUUUCCAUGGGUGGACAGCGGAAAAUGUCACAAAAUAAAAUCCUAGUCAGCCAGUCUAUUAAUAAAAUGUGACUCCGCAGGUUUGUUA